AUGAAUCCCCGGAGCUGGUUCCUGCUGCAGAUCCUCUGCCUCCUGCCCACGGGCGCUGUCCCGCGGCGCGAGGCUCCCGCUUCUGCCAACUGCGAGCUCAAGCCCCAACAAAGCGAUUUGAAUUCCUUCUUAUGGACCAUAAAGCGAGACCCGCCGUCCUACUUCUUUGGCACGAUCCACGUCCCAUACACCCGGGUCUGGGACUUCAUCCCUGACAACUCCAAGGAGGCGUUCCAGCACAGCAGCAUCGUCUACUUCGAGUUGGACCUCACAGACCCCUACACCAUCUCGGCCCUCACCAGCUGCCAGAUGCUGCCGCAGGGUGAGAACCUCCAGGACGUGCUCCCCAGGGACAUAUACUGCCGCCUCAAGCGCCACCUGGAGUACGUCAAGCUCAUGAUGCCCUCCUGGAUGACCCCGGACCAGCGGGGCAAGGGGCUCUAUGCCGACUACCUCUUCAAUGCCAUCGCGGGCAACUGGGAGCGCAAGAGGCCCAUCUGGGUGAUGCUCAUGGUCAACUCCCUGACCGAAGUGGACAUCAAGUCCCGCGGGGUGCCCGUCUUAGACCUGUUCCUUGCCCAGGAGGCCGAGCGGCUGAGGAAACAGACUGGGGCCGUGGAAAAGGUGGAGGAGCAGUGCCAUCCGUUGAACGGGCUCAACUUCUCCCAGGUCAUCUUUGCUUUGAAUCAGACCCUCCUGCAGCAGGAGAGCCUGCGGGCCGGCAGCCUUCAGAUCCCCUAUACCACGGAGGAUCUCAUCAAACACUACAACUGUGGGGACCUCAGCUCGGUCAUCUUCAGCCAUGACAGCUCCCAGGUUCCGAAUUUUAUUAACGCCACGCUCCCGCCUCAGGAACGCAUCACCGCCCAGGAGAUUGACAGCUACUUCCGCAGGGAGCUGAUCUACAAGCGCAAUGAGAGAAUGGGGAAGCGGGUCAAGGCCCUUUUGGAGGAGUUCCCUGACAAAGGCUUUUUCUUUGCCUUUGGAGCUGGUCAUUUCAUGGGCAACAACACCGUGCUGGAUGUUUUGCGGCGCGAAGGCUAUGAGGUAGAACACGCCCCCGCUGGACGACCCCUCAACAAAGAGAAGAGUACAAGGCCCUUGUCUCAGCCGGCCCCGUCUGCCACCGUUGCUCCUGAAGUGCCCGCUCCAGAAGCCCUGGCGCCAGAAGCUGGGUUGGCAGGACACGCGUCGCUCCCAUCCCACAUGUCCCCAGCCGGAAGUAUGGAACUUCCGGGCGAGGCGGAGCGGAAGUUCCGGAAGAAGCGGAAGCGGCCCCAGCGGAAGCAGCAGCGACUGCGGCAAUUUAGCGACCUGUGGGUCCGCCUGGAGGAGAGUGCUGCAGUCCCGCAGUUCCAGGUCCCUGUCCUGGACAGGCACAUCUCCACUGAGCUGCAGCUCCCUCACCACGGGCAUUCCCACCACAGUCAAAUGGUGGCCAGCAGCGCCUGCCUGUCCCUCUGGACUUCUGCGUUCUGGGUAUUGGUGCUAGUUUUCCAAGCAGAGACACACUUGCUGUGAUGAAUGACUGAGGAGCCAGGCCAAGACCUGACCGUUCAGACUGAAGGAUGGCCACUUCUCUACUCCACACUCUGGUCUGGCCUUGAUAGGCACAACCCAGGAGGAGAGACUUCUGAAGAAGAAACCCAGUGUUGGCUCUUCUCUUUGCAAGGGAUGACUUUGGCUUAGCAUAGCAAGGUUGGGGGGAAGUGUACAGUUUUGUAACAUAAUGAAUUGUGUAAAAAUAAUAAAUUGUA